UAAUCCUCCUCCACAACGACAUGCAGAAGGCCAUCUUCAUCGACCUUUCUUCAGAGGGGUCUGUGAAAUCCUCCGAUAGCUACUCCGUUACAACUAUUCCGCAGUCACCUCGUAAGCAACGUCGACCUUGUAUCAUUUCAGCAUCUACGGACACGGGCACCCCUUCGAAGACACGGUCUUGGAAGGCGUAUUGGACAAGGAGUAGCAAGCGAUAUCGGGACCCAGAGACACCCAUCUCCUACAAAAGGCGUAAGAUGGAACCCGCUGAAGGCGAGGACCCAUCACUUUGGUCUCCUGAGUUUGAACGUAUCUUCCCAGCUUUCUACAAUGACCGGUCGGACCUACACUGCCGCACAGUGUCGGACUAA